AUGGAGACAAUUACCUGGUCAUCUCAAAGUGAAGCCGAUAAAGAAAUUGAUGAAGAAGAUGAAAGCAACAUUUAUAUCCAUGGUAUACCAAUUCCUUCACAAAUUCUUGCAGAAGUGUUGGUCAGAGUUGAUAAUCGUCGUGAUGUUGGUUAUAUAUGUCCUUUGGUUUGUCGUCGGUGGUACAGUGUUUUAUCUGCUCCCGGUUUCUGGAUCAGUUAUAUGAUAUACCGAUCAAUGGAUUUGCCUCCCAACUCGUUACGAAAUGAACCUUCACUCAAUGUCAAAAAAGUUUCUCUUAUGCAAGCUUUCGGCCGCAAUUUGAUUAACAAUCCUAGUGGUGACGAUCGAUAUGAAAGUUGGGAAAUGGGUGAAAACGGCGGUGAUGGAUUCGGAAUCGAGAAACCACCAGUAGGUUGUGUACCAGUGGAAAAUAUACCGGUUGCAUUUGUGACAAGCUAUGAUUGGUGCAGUAAAUUUCAAAUCAUUGAUUUGUGGAAAGAGGGAAUUGAACGUUCUUUUUUGGAUGAAUUUUGUCCACCAAUCACCGUUUCGGAGUACCAUACAGGUCGCUUCAAUUACCCAUCGAUUUAUUUGUUAGAAGUGCAGCUGCUUCCCGAUGGAAUUAUGCCUUUGCCAUACAGACCAAUGCCAGGAUUUCUUGUGUAUGCUCGGUACCCUCGCCUCUCUCAACAGUAUGAUAUACCACAUGAAUGGCUACAUCGUGAUGUACCACAGCGUGAUGAAACAACCGAUACUUCAAUAACCCGAAUUCGCAUGUUGAAAGAAGCUGAAUGGCGAAAGAUCGAACAUACAUUUUCGAAUUAUCCUAGAGGCAUUCGUUACGUAUUAUUUCGACAUAGUGGAAAAGAUCAGCAGGGAUAUUGGGAUGAAUGUUAUGGUUCAAAAAUGGCUAAAGCUUCGGUUAUUGUAAAUUACGGUAAUGGAGAACGAAGAUUUAUACCCUGA